UAUAAUUUGCUCUCUAUACGUAACCAUUAUGAUGAUCAUCAUCAAAAACAAGAAUCAAUCCAAUUUUGCUUUUCAGCCAAAUUCACGAAACCCCUUUUAAAUUUCCCUCUUUGUCCUCUUUUUUUACUAUCUCAAAAAAAAAAUCAUUUCUUUUUAUCUUUCUCCGGCGACAAUGUCGUCAGGGUUUUCCGGUGGGUUUCCAGAUUUCUUCAAUAAUAUAAACAGCACCGUUAACAGAAACAGUUACAACCAACAGUUGAAUUACAGGUCACCGUUAGCUGGUAUUCUUUCCGACACUAUGGUAAAUCCACGAUCUGAUUUGAUCGGAAAACGAUCCUUGGCGGAAUUCCAACAACAACAACAACAACUGCAGCAAUUCCGGCAACAAAGUUCAAUCUAUUCAAGAAACGUGAAGCCACGUGGCUAUUAUCAACAACAGCAGCCGUCGCCGCUGGAUCUCUAUAGCUCGCCGGAAAUUUCUUCGGUUUCUAAUGUCACGUCGUCGUCGUCGUCUGUUUCGCGUUACGGUAACGGAAGUUUUAACGAUGGAAGGGACAGUAAAUAUCGAGUUAACGCUGUUAAUAAUCAAGAAAGAGAUAAAAAGAUGUUACAUCGUUUACAAGAAUUAGAAAAAGAAUUAUUGUUAGACGAUGAUGAAAUAGUAAAUGAAAACGGGAACGACGCCGUUUCGGUUGUGACAGAUACCGAGUGGUCUGGGACAAGGACAAUCCAAAAGCUAUUAAACGACACCGUUUCUGUAGCUAAAAAACCGGAAACUAAUAAUAGUUUUGUUUCGCCAUCUCCAACGACGUCGUCUUCGUCGUCAUGUGCAUCUUCCUCAUCAACAGUUUCCACAAAACAGUUGAUAUCAGAUGCAGCUGAAGCAAUAACAGAUGGGAAAACCGAUAUAGCUCUGGAGUUGAUCACGCGCUUGAAGCAAAUUUCAAGCGCGCGUGGCACUCCGGAACAACGUAUCGGUUUUUACAUCGCGUCUGCUUUACGUACUCGCGUGGAGCGCGUGAACACCAUGAUGGAGAGCCAACAAGCAUCUUCGGCGGCAGAGCUAUACAAAAAGGAGCACAUUUUGUCUACGCAGUUGAUGUAUGAUAAGUCUCCUUGUUUCAAGCUGGCUUUCAUGGGGGCUUAUAAUGUCAUCAUGCAAACUGUUUCCGGGUUGCGUCGACCCGAGAGAAAGAUCCAUGUGGUGGAUUUUGAUGUUGGGCAUGGGUUUCAGUAUGUUUACUUGCUUCAUGAGAUUGCGGCGGCGCGUAAACUGGAUAAUGGGUUGUUUCCGAUAUCGUUAAAGUUAACGACUUUUGGAAAUGGGGGUGUGGAAAGGUUGAAGCUGGUUGGUGAUAGGCUAAAAUUACUCUCCAACAAAUUGGGUGUUUCGUUUAACUAUAAUGUUUUGGAAUUUAAAUUGUCGGAGAUUAGUACACAUGGUCUGGGGCUUGAAAACGACGACGUUUUGGCUGUCAAUUUUGCUUUCAAGCUGAAAAUCUUGCCUGACGAAAGUGUGACAACUGAGAAUUUGAGAGACGAGGUACUACGGCGCGUGAAGGGGUUGUCACCGGCGGUGGUGACGGUAGCGGAGCAAGAAUUGAAUGGGAACACAUCUUCAUUCAUGACGCGUGUCAACGACGCGUUUAGCUACUAUACAAUGUUUUUGGAUUCAUGUGACGCGACGAUUCCAAAGGACAGCCUAGAACGAGUCAAGAUAGAGGAAGGACUCAGUCGGAGAAUAGUUAACUCGGUUGCGUGUGAAGGGAGGGACCGUGUUGAAAGAUGCGAAGUGUUUGGGAAAUGGCGGGCCAGGAUGAGGAUGGCUGGGUUUGAAUCCAUACCGGUGAGUCAAUUCACUGUUGAGUCGUUGUUGACAAAGCUCAACUCGGGGACACGUGGCAAUCCGGGUUUUACUGUGAAAGAAGAUUCGGGUGGGAUUAGCUUUGGGUGGUUGGGACGGACUCUCACCGUCGUAUCUGCUUGGCAUUAGAUUUUUUCAAUUUCAAUUCUAAUUUAUUAGUGUUUUGAUUAAUUAAUGAAUAAUUACUAUUUUAGUUAUAAAUGUUUGAAUUAGAUGUGUAAACCCACCUAACAAAAACCGAAUAAACGUGUGGCGUUUGGUUGUGGGAUUAAUUUGUAAAGUUUGGGAUCGACAAGGGGUGGAUAUAUAAAUAUUAAGUUCUUUUGUUUUUUGGUUGUACCGAAUCAAGAGUCGAUUGGUUUAAGGUGUACAAUAUUUUAUACUUUUUCAA